AUGCGUGAUUCAAAGUCCACCGUCGAAUGACUGAGGUUCGUCAAGCGUUUCGGACACCAGGAGAAAACAAAAACAGUCAUGGCACCACCACGACGAGUUUCGCUCGCGGUCCUUACGUCGUUUCUUCUGCAAUUCGUCGUUCAGGUUUCUGGAGAAAUCCCAGUAUGUGGUGUCCUGAGCAGCCGGCCAAAUGCCUCCACCACAUUUACCGAGAAGCACUGCAUUGUGUAUUUCAAUAGCAUCACAACUUUAGUUGAUAGUGCAGUAUACUACCGUGUGUCUGAUGCGCUGGAAUGGAAUGUCUGCAACCAGGAUGAGCCUCCUCCAUCAUCAAUUGAAGAUCAUUACAUCUUUCUCUCCAUGGAGAACAAUUGUUCAGCCUUAGACCAGGCCAACAGGGUUCAGGACAUGGGUGGGGCCGGAACCCUUAUGGUGAUGGAGAAACUUCAGUCGCUGGCAAUGAAGACCGAAGGCUAUAACGUCACCUUGGCUUUCGUGGAUAACUCGAGCUAUGUGAAGAUCAUGAACUCAGGUGAUGAAGUGACAGUGGGACUCUACCUACCCAAAGAUUCUCCCAUCCAUUUAAGUCUCAUUGUCAUCUGGUUUCUGGCCAUGUUCUCGGUUGUUGUUGGAGCCUAUUGGUCUGGGACUGUCCGGCAUGAAUUAUAUUUAGUACAACAUGAGCAAGAAGGAGAACACAGAGAUGUUGCCCGAGAGCCAGUGUUGCCCCACGAAGAAACCUCUAUCAAUAUGACAGUGAGAAGCAUCUUGGGAUUUGUAGUCUUGAUGUGCAUCAUGCUGCUAUGUCUGUAUUUCCUCUAUGCUUAUCUGGUGUACAUCAUCAUUGCAAUGUUCUGCCUUGCCUCUGCCAUUGCUACAUAUAGCUGCCUUGACCCAUUGGUGUCAAGAAUGCCCUGUGGCACAACCAGGACUCCAUACUUCAACAUAUACAUUGUCCGUGGCACACUGAUGAUUCGCCAGAUCCUGCUUCUGAUAUUUGCCUUUGGACUGUCAAUCACCUGGGUGGUGCUAAGGAAGGAGCCAUGGGCUUGGAUCCUGCAGGAUAUCCUAGGAAUUAUGUUCAGCAUCAAUGUUUUGAGAAUGAUCCGUCUCCCAAGCCUAAAGAUCUGCACUUUCUUAUUGUGUGGCCUUGUGAUCUAUGAUAUUUUCUUUGUAUUCAUCACUCCACUUCUAACUUCGGAUGGGAAGAGCAUCAUGGUAGAGGUGGCCAAGGGAGGCCCCAGCCAGGAGCAGAUGCCAAUGGUGCUCAAAGUACCAAACUUCGACUAUGAGCUUUCGAAGAUUUGCGAUGUGCAGGAGAACUACAACCUGCUUGGUUUUGGAGACAUCCUCAUACCUGGGCUCCUUGUGUCUUUUGUGCACUCUUUCGACCUACAGGCAGACACACCUUGCCGCCUCUAUUUCCUCAUCAAUAUCAUAGGCUACGGCUCGGGGCUGGUGACCACCUUCAUCGCCCUGUGGCUCAUGAGCUUCGCCCAGCCCGCCCUGCUCUACCUCGUGCCCUUCACGCUCAUCCCCACCUUCAUCGCCGCCGCCGCCAGAGGGGAGUUCAUGGCCAUGUGGCGCGGCGACUCCGACAAGGUGGGUGGCGCCGCGGAGAGACAGCAAGCAAAGGCUGUAGUUUCCUGUAGCUCCAGCUCGGGCAGGGAGGCCUAUGACCGCUACCCUUGCCCUGCUCUUGUGGGGGGUGAGGGGGCUGUAGGCAGUCUACGCCCGACAGGAUUUUAA